AUGAGUUUCCUGAACGGUUCUUCACCGCGCCGGAAUCCGGCGGAGAAUAUUGAUAUUGAAGCUGGUCCGUUGUCUCGCCGUUCUUCGGAUAUUGAUGAUGACGGUGAUAUUUCCGAUCCGUUUGAUAUUGCUACAACAAAGCACGCUUCUAUUAUUCGACUGAAACGCUGGAGACAAGCAGCGCUUGUACUAAAUGCUUCCCGUCGAUUUCGUUAUACCUUGGAUUUGAAAAAAGAAGAAGAGAAGAAACAAAUACUGAGAAAGAUUAGAGCGCAUGCACAAGCCAUUAGAGCAGCAUAUCUUUUCAAAGCAGCUGGGGGGCAAGGGCAGGGGCAGGGACAAGGGCAAGGAGAAUUGAGUGAAACUACAAAACCUCUUCAAACCUCAACUGGUGAAUUUCCAAUUGGACCUGAGCAACUAGCAUCCAUUUCAAGGGAGCACGAUAUUGCCUCAUUGCAGCAAUAUGGAGGGGUUGCAGGGGUAUCAAAUUUAUUGAAAACCGAUUUAGAGAAGGGAGUUGAUGGUGAUGAUGCUGACUUACUAAGACGGAGGAACGCAUUUGGUUCCAACAAUUACCCUCGAAAGAAAGGAAGAAGUUUUCUGAUGUUUAUGUGGGAUGCUUGCAAGGAUCUGACCUUGGUUAUUUUAAUGGUAGCUGCAGCAGCUUCAUUGGCACUAGGAAUAAAGUCUGAGGGUAUUAAGGAAGGAUGGUAUGAUGGGGGAAGCAUUGCGUUUGCAGUUAUUCUUGUUAUUGUUGUUACAGCUGUAAGUGAUUAUAAGCAGUCUCUUCAGUUUCGAGACCUAAAUGAAGAGAAGAGAAAUAUACACUUGGAGGUUGUUAGAGGUGGUAGAAGGGUUGAGAUCUCAAUAUAUGAUCUUGUUGUUGGGGAUGUUAUUCCUCUUAAUAUUGGUAACCAGGUCCCUGCUGAUGGAAUUGUGAUCAGUGGUCACUCUCUUUCCAUUGAUGAAUCAAGCAUGACAGGGGAGAGCAAAAUUGCCCACAAGGAUUCAAAGGAUCCCUUUCUGAUGUCUGGCUGUAAGGUUGCAGAUGGCAGUGGUACUAUGCUGGUAACAGGUGUUGGAAUUAAUACUGAAUGGGGCCUUCUAAUGGCUAGCAUUUCAGAAGAUACCGGUGAAGAAACACCUCUGCAGGUCCGCUUGAAUGGCGUAGCCACCUUCAUUGGUAUUGUUGGAUUCACUGUUGCUCUUAUUGUCCUGGUUGUGCUACUGGCUAGAUAUUUCUCUGGGCAUUCGAAGAAUACUGACGGGACAAAACAAUUUACAGCUGGCAAGACCUCAGUUAGUGAUGCUGUUGAUGGAGCAAUUAAGAUAGUAACUGUUGCGGUCACCAUUGUAGUUGUUGCAGUGCCCGAGGGGCUCCCACUUGCAGUCACUUUAACUCUGGCCUACUCAAUGCGGAAAAUGAUGGCAGAUAAAGCUUUGGUGAGGAGGCUUUCUGCAUGUGAAACAAUGGGCUCUGCUACAACCAUAUGCAGCGAUAAGACUGGCACAUUGACUAUGAAUCAGAUGACUGUGGUUGAGGUUUAUGCUGGGGGCAGUAAGAUUGAUCCACCUCACCAGUUGGAGAGUUCUCCUAAGCUGCGCAGUCUACUCAUUGAAGGUGUUGCACAGAACAGUAAUGGCAGCGUUUUUGUUCCUGAGGGUGCUAAUGAUGUUGAGGUUUCUGGAUCGCCAACUGAAAAAGCAAUUUUACAUUGGGCGCUGAAGGUUGGGAUGAAUUUUGUGAAUGCUCGGUCAGAAUCAUCUAUUCUUCAUGUCUUUCCGUUCAACUCAGAGAAAAAGAGAGGCGGAGUUGCAAUACAGACGGCUGACUCUGUUCAUAUACAUUGGAAAGGUGCUGCUGAGAUUGUUCUAGCCUGCUGUACAGGGUAUAUUGAUAGAAAUGACCAGUUGGUGGAAAUAGAUGAAGAGAAGGUUUGA